UCGCUCGCGCGCUCUCUUCCACAUCUGAGUUGGAGCGCUGCUGCUGUUGGCCGUUGCUUGAACUCGGAGCCGCGGGAUGGACCUGAACGAGAGCUGAUGUCAAUAGUGGAGUGGAUUCGUUGACAUUUUUUUUUGAAAUAGGAAAAAGUACCAAACUUCGCCUUUUUUUAAAAAACAUAAUUUGGACACUGGAAGUGCGUGGAAAUGGGGGAGCAGCCGAUCUUUACCACCAGGGCUCAUGUCUUCCAGAUAGACCCCACCACCAAGAAGAAUUGGGUCCCUGCCAGCAAGCAGGCAGUCACCGUCUCCUACUUCUACGACAGCACGCGGAACAGCUACCGCGUCAUCAGCGUCGAUGGGUCCAAGGUAAUUAUUAACAGCACAAUCACACCGAACAUGACCUUCACUAAGACAUCACAGAAGUUUGGCCAGUGGGCUGACAGCAGGGCGAACACUGUGUUUGGCCUUGGGUUCGCCUCCGAGCAGCAGCUUGCAAAGUUUGCCGAAAAAUUCCAGGAAGUUAAAGAAGCUGCCAAACUAGCAAGGGAAAAGUCUCAAGAGAAGAUUGAAUCAUCAAGCAACCAUUCCCAGGAAUCUGGUCGUGAGACUCCCUCCUCCGCACAGCCCUCCAGCAUCAAUGGCACCGAUGACGAGAAGAUCUCUCACGUGGGUCCAGUGGACACCCAACUGAAAAGCGAGAAUGAUCGCCUGAAAACUGUCAUCGAGCAGGGCAACACCAAUGCUAAGAAGUGGGAGACGGAGCUGCAGACCCUCAGGGACAGCAACGCCCGGCUCGUGGACGCCCUUCAGGAGUCGGCCGCCAACGUGGAGACGUGGAAGAAGCAGCUGGCAGCGUGCAAGGAGGAGAACGGCCAACUCAGGGACCGGAUCACGGAGCUGGAGGCACAGUGUAAUGAGGCCAAUCGCGAGAAGGAGAGGACUGCCCAGCUGACCGUGAAGGUGAAGGAGCUCCAGUCCGAACUUCAGGAAAAAGAACAGGAACUGGAGAACCUGAGGGCUCAGGCAGAGAUCAUCCCAAAGCUCAUGGAAGAGUGCGAGACCCUCACCCAGAAACUGCAGGCUGCUGAGAAAAAGAACCAAGACCUAGAACAUAGAAUAGAUACGCUGGAAGCUGAUAUAGAGGACAGCCACCACAAGCAAGGACACCUGAAGGUCGAGCUAAAGAAGUUCAUGGAUAUUCUUGAUGGGAAGAUUGAUGAGCUGCAUGAGUUCAGACAAGGCCUGUCAAAACUUGGAACAGAUAACUGAGAAGAUGGCCUUGAAGAGUUGUACCAGACAUGAAGAUCAUCAGGUUGACUUCAGGGGCACCACUAGGGGGGAGGGGUGGGGUGGCUAAGAAGGGCAAAGGUCUGACCAGAAUGCUCUACCUGAUAGCAUCUUCCUGUCAGCAUUUUGGAGUGUAACUUGCAGCUCAAGGAGCUGUGGAAAUGAACCACUUCUUGAUGGAUAAUAUUAGUUGAUCAACAGGUGGAGGAUUGUCUUAAAUUUCUUUAAUGCUCCUAUAAGGAUAGAACUAAGAGCUGAAUAUUUUUCAAAGAGCUGAGGAUUCAGUGGGGAAAAUGUACAGUUGAGCCACCCAGCAAAGUAAUAAUCAUUUAAUAAUAUAGGCCAGCUUGUUUAAUUGAAAAUGGAACUGGAAGAACGCCAGUGUCUGGAGUCUGUCAGCAGCUGGGGAUUUUUUUUUAUUAUUUUUCUUUAUUUUUGAUGAUCUCAGGUGAGUCCGAAGGCUGUUUGUGCUCUCCAGUAUGCACAUACAUGAACUGCACAGUGUCAUAAAGUGCCUCAGCUUUUAAGUCUUUCUGAACCAAAAGGAAGGGCCUUCACCCUGCAGGUCAGAUCUUUGUAAACAUUGAUGGAGAGACAAGUUGUAAUUACUGCUGAAAUGCAAAAAAUGUAUGAAUUGGUAGUUUACAUACAGUUUACAAAUCUUGUAAUUCCUUAAAAUUGUAAAAAAAAAAAAAAAAAAAAAAAAAAUUGAUGAUGCUACGUAAGGGUGUAUCAUGGAGAUUUAAACCAACGAAAAGGAUGGAACAUCCUGUGGAUGUUGUGGUCCCCUUUUUCCCCCACAAACAUCAGGAAAGAAUAUUGAAACGCAUUAUCUGCUGCACUGGCUUAAGCAAGCAGAAAGAUUUUAGCGAUAAUUUAAUGGUGCUUUGAAAACACGGUUUGCAAGAUUGUAUGUGCAUAAAAAUGAAGGGCUUUGUAAGGAGUUCUGCUUGGAUACCCAAAACUAUGCUAGAAAUUUGAUCUGAGUGCUGUGUUUAAAGGGUCUUGCAUGUAUGAAGGCGAUUUUGGUCAAUAGUUGCAACAAAGCAUGUCUUUACAGUAGUUUCCAUAAAGAAUGUGCUUCCCACAUGUCUCUAAUGGUGGUGGUUUUCCCACAUGGGGUGAUGUGUAAUGUUUUAUUUGCAAUUUUUUUUGCUGCUGGAGUUUAACCAUGAUUGUGUACUACAUUUGAUUUACAGCCUCCCUGAGGUUUUUCUUUUUAAGUAAACUCUCCUGAAGUUGAUGGUUUUCCAAAUAUCACUGUACUGGUGCCUAUGGACUUCCAUCUUGCUUUCCCAGCAGUGACCCGGUAACUUCAUGCCGCUUCCUGAUGUCCGCAGUGUUACAACUGUAGGGGGUUUUUUUUUUUUUCCUUCUCCCCCUCUUCCUCCUCUCUCUCCACCCCUUCUGGGGGGGCCUCAAUCACUUUAUAUGGAAAUGCGUUUCAAGAAGGGGGCGGGGGUUCUCUUGUGUGCUGUGUACCCUUCUUUUGUAAACCAGCGCCAUACUGUAUUUGAAUGUUUGUGAGUCAGACAUCUUGUUGAAUUGCAGAGAAAUGCUAUUCUAACAGAAGUAUAUAUUUUCUAUCACCGUUGGCAUUGUUGCGUUUGGUCGUGUUCAGUGUGGAUGGACUGUGUCCUUGCCCUUCCGAAUACAAACGUACCUCUGCCUCUACAAUCAGGGGCAUCUAUACUACUGUAUGUAAUUUUUUUUCUUUCCUGAUUCACUUUUGUGAUUUCUGUUCAAUACUGUAUCAUAUUAUAUAUAUAUUGAAUAUUGUUAAAAUAUAGUUUAAUUAAAAUAUAUUUUGUCUGUUUAAUUCAAAGUGCUCAACAUGAUCCACUGUUACUCACCACCCCAGAUGCUGGCUCAGGUAACUCCACUCCAUUGUGUGUCCCAGUGACUGAGCUACAGCCCUGCUGACUUGCCGAAUAGACCACCAGGCACCGUGGGGUGUGCGCAUCCAUGUUAUAUCAAUUUUCCCAUGAACCAUUUGCUCAGAAAGGUAUUAAAUUUAAUUCUCCAGACCUUUAACUGUGCCAAAAGCAGUGACAUAAUCAAGAACGAUUCAGCAGUUUUAAAUGUUUAUUUUUGAAAAUGGUUCUAUCAUUAAUAAAAUUCUGAAUUAGCCCGCAGUCUGCCCACACCUAUUUGUCACUGUGCUACAGCGAGGAGGCUGUGGUAUUCCAGCCAUGUUGCCUUGGAAACUUGAUCACUACUCACUCCUAUUGAUUUUCCCCUUCCCCCCCUUGCUUUGCAACUGACCCCACAAAUUUGCAAGAAUUUUUCAUGCCUUCAGCAAUACAGAGGUUUUCAGUGAAAUUAGCAAGCCACCAUAGUUAAAUUAAAAUGCAACUGUCAUUGUGAAAAAUGCUUUUCUCUGGUAUUCUGCAGAAGUGUUUUUCUUCCCCAUCAACCAUUGUGCCAGUGUGAAGAGUGGGCGAAUUUGUAAAAUAAAAUUAAGAAUGUGUUGAGAUGUUACCGUGGGCCACCCCCACUGAGCCUUCCUGUUUCCAUAGUAACAGCAGCUGCUGGGAUUUGUCUUGGUGCUGCUAAGCUGGCCUGUACCUGGAAUGGCUUCUGCAAGUGUCCCUUCUGUCACCUGAAAGAACCAAGGUGUCCCGUGUAGAGCUGGUGAGGUAAAAGUGAGCUGUGCCCCAAGGAUAAAUGAAACUCUAUUGCAUAGUUCUCUACAAAUGCACGCCCAGGUCCGGCAGAUGACACUUGACCGCUAUUCAGCUAGUAUGGCGCUAGGGACCACUAGCAGCAUAGUGUGUAGCGCUACUGCCUUUGUACCCAAAGGUCGUAGGUUUAAAUCUCACCA